GGACAAGCGAGGCGGACAAUUGCGGCGGACAGUGCCGGCGGCGGCGGCGGCUCCGGAGCGCGGCUGACCCGAGCUUGACCGGGACACGUCUGGACGGCGAUGUGGCGCUCGGCGGCGGCGUGGGCCGCCCUCUGCCUCCUCACGGUCGCGGCCAGCCUGGCGCGCGCCGACGCCAGUAGGAGCUCCGGCAAGGGCAGCAAGUGGUGGGGGGUGAUUCACCUGGCGGAGGGGGGCAGCGGCGAGGCUGACCCGGCGCCCUCCAACGAUCUACGCAGCAACCGCAUGCGAGGCGGCUACCCGGGCUCGCUCUACCCGCUCAACCCGUUCAGCUCCCUGCGCAAGAAGCAGCGCCGCCUGGCGCGAGAGAACCAGGGCGUCAUCAAGGCGGUGGCCAGCGGCACACGCCAGGCGGUGGCCGAGUGCCAGCACCAGUUCCGCGACCGGCGCUGGAACUGCCCGACCCAGGAGCGCAUGCGCGGGAGGCGGCUGUUCGGGCGGAUUGUGAACACCGCGUGCCGGGAGACGGCGUUCCUGUACGCGAUAACGUCGGCGGCCGUGACGCACGCCGUGUCGCGCUCCUGCUCGGAGGGCAGCGUGCGCUCGUGCGCCUGCGGCUACCACCACCGGCAGGCGAGCGGCCGCGACUGGCAGUGGGGAGGCUGCUCGGACAACAUCCAGUUCGGCUACCGCUUCUCGCGCCGCUUCGUCGACGCCAGCGAGCGCGGCAUGGACAUGCGCUACAUGAUGAACAUCCACAACAACGAGGCUGGACGCAGGGCCGUUUCGAGCGAGAUGGUGCGCCAGUGCAAAUGCCACGGAAUGAGCGGCAGCUGCGCCGUCAAAACCUGCUGGAUGCGGCUGCCGUCCCUCCGCCAGGUCGGCGACCACCUCAAGGGCGAGUUUGACGGCGCCACGCGCGUGCGCGUCUCCAACGCCGUGCAGAGUGUGCGGCGCUCGCGCCGCCGGCAGCGCUACAACUUCCAGCUGCAGCCGCUGAAACAGCACCACAAGCCGCCAACGCAGAGCGACCUCGUCUACUACGAGGACUCGCCCAACUUCUGCCAGAAGAACCAGCGCCUGGGCUUCCCAGGCACGGUGGGCCGGCUCUGCAAUGACACGUCGAGCGGCCUCGACGGCUGCGAACUCAUGUGCUGCGGCCGCGGCUACCACACGGAGAUCAAGGAGGUACUCGAGCACUGCGAGUGCACGUUUAAGUGGUGUUGCGACGUCAAGUGCAAGGUGUGCAGGACCAAGAAGGUGGAGCACCGCUGUUUGUAGGGCGCGCGUGCCGCGGCUGGCCUCGUGCGCAACUC